AAGUACCUUAUUAUUUCUGUUGUCUUUACACUGACUGACUUCUCUGUCUUUUCUUGUGCCUUGACAUCUGUCUUGAGCUCUAGAUUUUUCAUUAUUAAUCACUGGAGACAUGAAAGUUAAUAAUGAAUUAACCUAAGUUAAUAAGGCCCAAGCAGCAAUCAUUCCACACAACCCUGGGUUUAAUAAGGUCAAAACAGGAAUAAUCUCACACCAGAGAUUUACAUUCCUCGUUAUUGUGAAUGGUAUAGCCAACCACCUUGAGGAGCGCAGGCCUCUCUUCGGCCCCGCAAGAUUUACGUUCCUGAAUGCUUACGCAAGUCUCGGAGGUAGUUCCGGUUCCGGCGUGGCCAUUUUCGUUGCUGGUGUUAAGUUGCGGCGGUUGCCGGUCAGUAACAGCCAAGAUGCUGCGGAAUCUGCUGGCUCUCCGUCAGAUUGGACAGAGAACCAUAAGCACUACUUCCCGCAGACAUUUAAAAAAUAAAGUUCCAGAGAAACAAAAACUGUUCCAGGAGGAUGAUGGAAUUCCACUGUAUCUAAAGGGUGGGAUAUCUGAUGUCCUCCUGUAUAGAGCCACCAUGGUUCUUGCAGUUGGUGGAACAGCAUAUGCCUUGUAUCAGCUGGCUGUGGCUGCAUUUCCCAAGAAGCAGGAGUGACUUCAAUCAUCCCAGCAAUCACUUGGUUCAGUUUCAUUCUGCUCUCUAUGGACCAGUAAUCUGAUAACCGAGCUCUUCUCUGGGGAUCAAUAUUUAUUGACUUGUAGUAACUGCCGCCAAUAAAGCAGUCUUUACCAUG